GGCCUGCGCUGCUCCUCUGCUCUUUGGGGUGCAGCACCUAGGGCGGCUUGCUCUGCCAUCGCGAGUCCCCGGAGCCGGCCUGUGUGCGUUCUCGCUUCUAGUCUCUCGUCGCUGCCAGCGCUCCGACCGUUGCUGGGCGUCCCGGUGCGCAGGCGGCGCUCUCCCGUUUACCAGCGAGGCCGAGCCCGUGGUAGCAUCCGGCAGGGAAAUGGUUGUGGUUUCGGUGCCCGCCGAAGUCACAGUUAUCCUGUUAGAUAUCGAAGGUACCACAACCCCGAUUGCUUUCGUGAAGGACACCUUAUUUCCGUACAUCAAAGAGAAUGUCAAGGAGUACCUGCAGACACACUGGGACGAGGAGGAGUGUCAGCAGGAUGUCAGCCUGCUGAGGAAACAGGCUGAGGAAGAUGCACACCUGGAUGGCGCUGUCCCGAUCCCCGUGGCGUCUGGAAAUGCAGUGGAUGAUCUCCAGCGGAUGAUCCAGGCCGUGGUGGACAAUGUGUACUGGCAGAUGUCUCAUGACCGGAAGACCACGGCGCUCAAACAGCUGCAGGGUCACAUGUGGAAGGCAGCUUUCGCAGCGGGCCGCAUGAAGGCAGAGUUCUUUGCAGAUGUGGUCCCAGCAGUCAGAAGGUGGAGAGAGGCUGGAAUGAAGGUGUACAUCUAUUCUUCAGGGAGUGUGGAGGCUCAGAAGCUGCUCUUUGGGCAUUCCACAGAAGGGGAUAUCCUUGAGCUUAUUGACGGCCACUUCGAUACCAAGAUUGGACACAAAGUGGAGAGCGAGAGUUACCGGAAGAUUGCAGAUAGCAUCGGGUGUUUAACCAGCAACAUCUUGUUUCUCACAGACGUGACUUUAGAGGCCAGUGCUGCUGAGGAAGCAGAUGUGCAUGUCGCUGUGGUGGUGAGACCCGGCAACGCGGGACUAACAGAUGAUGAGAAAACAUACUACAACCUCAUCACAUCCUUCAGUGAGCUCUACCUGCCGUCAACAUAGAGCAGGUUCUGAGGAAGACUAAACUGUCCCCCUAAUGUCUAGCUUUAUUCUAAUUGUAAAAGUAACUUACUUGUGUGUACACACAGACAUAUGCAAGUGUAUAUACAUGUCUGUGUGCUCAGAUCAAUUUCCAUGGCACAUGUGUGAGCAAAGUAUCAGUUCUGUGAGAACCAAAUUCAUGUAAAGAUGCUUUAUGUGUGGACCAUAACUCUAACUCUUACCAAGGCCAGAGUGUAUUUGAUAGAAGAAAAUCAAAUGUGUGAUAUUUAUCAAAUUGUUUAUUAAAAUGGAAAGCUAGUUUUGAGAAAUUAUUAUCCAGAGACCUUGUUAUUUUAAAAACUGGAAGUGCUUCACAGGCAUUCGUAAGAGGAAUCCCUGACUGCCUUGUGAACUCGAAUCACACUGUGCACUCAGACUCGCUUCCCGCGUGCACGAGACAGAGCCAUUGGUUCUGCUCAGACUCGCUUCCCGCGUGCACGAGACAGCGCCAUUGGUUCUCAGACUCGCUUCCCGCGUGCACGAGACAGAGCCAUUGGUUCUCAGACUCGCUUCCCGCGUGCACGAGACAGCCAUUGGUUCUCAGACUCGCUUCCCGCGUGCACGAGACAGCCAUUGGUUCUCAGACUCGCUUCCUGCGUGCACGAGACAGCCAUUGGUUCUCAGACUCGCUUCCCGCGUGCACAAGACAGAGCCAUUGGUUCUCAGACUCGCUUCCCCCGUGCACGAGACAGAGCCAUUGGUUCUCAGACUCGCUUCCCGCGUGCACGAGACAGCCAUUGGUUCUGCUCAGAGAAGGGAAAUUGGUUUUGGUCAGUCAGGUGUCAGAUGGUGCUAGGCAGCAUGUCCACCUCUAGAGCAGUGUUCGUGGAGCAGCUGAGGUGACGAUGGCUCCGCUCCCCCUGCCAGUGUUAGCACCGUUUUACAGUUGCCUUCUUAUGUCUUAGCAUAGCUUGAAUAUAUGUUAAUGACUAUUUUUAAAAUGUUUUAUUGAAACCAGUGUAACACCACGAAGAACUCUAAUGUGUAAUAUUUCCUCUGAAAUGGAUGUGCUAGAUGUACAUUUUAUGACAGCAUUGUUUAUCCCCAUGCUUUCCUGACAGGGUUUCAUGUCCAUGUCCUGGAAUUAAUUAAUAAAGGCAUUUUCCUCUUUCAGUUUCAUAUAGAUUGUGGAGUGUACAUCAUGCUGCCAGAAGCAAAAAGGAAAGUAAGCCUGGAACAGCAG